AUGAUCACAUUUCCAGCACUCGUGUUCCUGGUUUUUCUAAGUGCAUCUGCUUAUGGAGAUAUAUGCAACCUUAACAAUGAAAUGAUCGAUGAGGUCGGAAAGACGUUUCUUAGGAUGCACAACAAGUUUCGUCCUUGGUUGCUAGGGGGAAACGCCUCAGGUAAGCUUGGUGGUUUUGUACAAAAAGCCGCAAAAAUGAUGAAAAUGGGGACAGUGCUAAGGAAAAAAGUAUGAUGAGCAACUGGUUAGACCAAUGUCAGCGGGGACGCUCUUCUAUCGAGGAUGUUGGAGAGAACAUUUACAUGACGACGAAAACAAAGGAAACAUGACGGUGUCUGCAAUAAAGAGCACCACUGCAUGGUUCGCAACAUUGGUCACGCAGUAAACAAACAAACAAUCAAACAAACAAUUAUUGUUCUGUCUAUGAUUCGGAUUGAUUAA